AUGUGCAGAGUUGAAAACCCUAGAAACAAUAAUAUGAAGCUGGAAGAUCUUCCUGAGCAUCUCAUCCACCAUAUCAUGCAUUUUCUUCCUUAUAAAGAAGCAGCCAAGUUCAGUGUCUUAUCCAUAGCCUUUUAUUCUUCUUGGCUUUCAUUUCCAACUCUAAAAUUCACUUACAAAGCCACUUUAUCAAAGGGUGUUUCAUAUCACACCUUCUUCCAUUCUGUGCAGAAAACCCUCAAACUUCGUGGCCCUCAUAUAAAGGGUUCUUUGCACAAGCUAAGCUUAUCUUACAUGGAAAUUGUCAGGCCCAAUUCUCAACAUCAUCGUAAAGUAUUUGAUGUAUUACUAAACUUCGCCUUGCAAAACAAUGUCAAAGAGAUAAAUUUUGACAUAAGCAAUGACAUUGGGAAUCUGAGUUAUUAUGACUCGCUUCUUCCUCUAUUCUCAUCACAAUUCUUGACUGUACUCAAGCUCAGUGGGAUAAAGAAUAUUCUAUUUUGUGAUGCUUCUAUAACUUGCCCAGAAUUGAAAGAACUAGUAAUCCACCACUGUGAUGCUUUUCAAACUAUAAAUGUUUCAUCCUCAUCACUCAAGAAAGUUGAAGUAAUAUGCUGCAAAGGGUUGAAAGCAGUUCAAUUAUUGGAGGGAAAAAGUAUUCACAGUUUUAAGUUUGAGGGUUUCAAAACACACGCAUGUGACAUUAACAUUCCUAGUUGUGAUUCCUUGAGAUAUUUGCAUCUCACCAACGUAGAGAUCUCCGAGAACAUAUGCAAUAAAGUAGUCCCUCAAGUAGAGUUUUUGCAUUUAGUUUGCUGUAACAUGCCUAAGAACUUGAGACUUCAUAAUCCUCACGUCAAAGUAUUGAAGCUAAAGAGGAAUCGUAAACUUGAAAACAUAGUCCUCUCAACUCCCAAUCUUGAACGGUUUAGUUAUGAAGAAGCUUCAGAGACACGACAUUGUAGAUUGGAUAUCUCAGAAUGUCUAGCUCUCAGGGUUUUGAAACUGGUCAGAGCAACCACCAUAACGGACGGGUGGUUGAAGAGGACAAUAUGGGUCCUGCUUUGUUUGAAAAAGCUAGACAUACGCGAAUGCAAUAGGUUGACGGGGAUUGAAUUUGAAAAUGACAGCCUUGAGAAGUUCUCAUUGUAUGAAUGUUCACAACUAAAGGAAGUAAAUGUUGAUGUUUCGAACUUACUGGAGUUCUGCUACAGUGGAAGUUUACAGGUUUACCCGAUGUUUAUUUUAUCAGCCAAGUGCAAUGGCAACAUCAAAUUGCCAUCUGGCAGAUCAGAUCUUGACUCAGUGAAGCAAUUUCUUGGUUGCUUUGAUCACUUCAAAGACCUCACUAUAUCUUGUUCCAGAGCUGAGUUUAAAUAUGGAAAUGAAGUGGAAUCGAAGAAUAUGAAGGUGGAAGAAUGCUGCUAUGAUGUUCCCAUAAAAUGCUGGAGACACUAUGAAGUGAAGAUUGAAAUUCAAGGGCUCGAUGAAUCUGUAAGACAGUGUUUGGAAAACUUCUUUGCGACCUCUUUGUGUUAUUAUGGGAUUUACAGACAUGGUUAA